GACGCAGGCCUGUCCAUCACCAACUCAACAAGCUCUCGAGAUAAAUCAGAUAAAAUGGCCCCUGCAACGAAGCCAGGAUCCGAGAAGAAGCAAAAAUCGCUAACAUCCUUCUUCUCUCCAAAGCCAGCAUCUGCUGUCGCACCACAGGCAGCUCCGUCAUCGCCCCUGCAGCGUGAAUCAAUAUCAACCACACGGAAACGAUCCUUAGCCGAAGACGAUGACAGAGGAAACCAAUUGCCUGAGAGGACAGUCAAAAAAGCUAAAAGCGUAGAAGUGGACGAAAACACAAACCCAGAUCCCGUACCUCAAUCGUACACCUCGUCACCGGCGGAACGCUUUCGAUACGAUGAAUCAAAGACAGCUGGCGAGGCCUCUGAAGAUGAUGAAGCAGUGCGCAAGCGCAAUGCGGAACUACACACAAAGUUUGUCAAGAAACUUGGCCACCCCGAUGCCAUGAGCUGGCGGUCCAAGUUUACGGAUAACAAGACGACCGAAGACGACGAAGCAGCUGGCGAAGACGAUGACGAGGAUGAGCCGGCACCGGCAAAAACAAAGAAAAAGGGCGCCAAGACAGGCAAACUGACACCAAUGGAGAUUCAAUUUCUCGACAUUAAGCGGAAACACAUGGAUACCGUACUCAUUGUCGAAGUGGGCUACAAGUUCAAGUUCUUUGGAGAGGACGCUCGCAUAGCCGCCAAGGAGCUGAGCAUUGUCUGUAUACCCGGCAAGAUGCGCUUUGACGAGCAUCCUUCCGAAGCGCACCUCGACCGAUUCGCAUCGGCCAGUAUCCCGGUUCAUCGUCUGCCUGUCCACGCGCGCCGACUAGUUGCUGCAGGCCACAAAGUAGGCGUUGUCCGACAGAUUGAGACGGCCGCACUCAAGAAAGUUGGCGAUAAUCGAAACACGCCAUUUGUUCGCAAGCUUACCAACUUAUAUACAAAAGGCACAUAUAUUGACGAAAAUGGAGACCUCGAGCAGCAGCCGCAAGCCAGCUCGCCGUCAGGAGGCUACCUCCUCUGCAUGACAGAGUCGAGCACCAAGGGUGCGGGAACGGACGAAAAGGUCGAUGUUGGCAUCCUGGCCGUACAACCUGCAACUGGCGAUAUUAUAUAUGACACAUUUGAAGACGGUUUUAUGCGAAGCGAAAUCGAAACACGCCUUCUGCACAUCUCACCCUGUGAGUUUCUUAUAGUUGGUGACCUGUCCAAGGCGACAGACAAGCUCGUGCAACAUCUUUCAGGCAGCAGCACAAAUGUGUUUGGCGAUAGAAGCCGCGUUGAACGAGUACCAAAGAGCGUUACGGCCCCUGCAGAGGCGUACUCGCACGUCACCCAGUUUUAUGCCGACAAAGUGAAGAACUCGACCCCGAAAGAUCAAAGCGCCGAGUUCCUCGACAAGGUUCUCAAACUCCCCGAGGCCGUCACCAUCUGCCUCUCUACCAUGAUUCAACACCUCACCGAAUACGGGCUCGAACAUGUCCUCGACCUAACAAAAUACUUUGAAAACUUUACCACACGCUCCCACAUGCUCCUCAACGGCACCACACUAGAGAGUCUCGAGGUAUACCGCAACGCCACGGACCAUUCUGAACGUGGUAGUUUGUUCUGGGCUAUCGACAAGACACAGACUCGCUUCGGCCAACGCCUGCUGCGCAAAUGGGUUGGUAGACCGCUUCUCGAUAGGGACCAGCUGGAAAAACGCGUUGCUGCGGUCCAAGAACUCCACGACAAGCAGUCCACAGCCGCAGUGGACAACCUGGAACGUCUGCUCGCCACAACCAAGGCAGACCUCGAGCGCAGCCUCAUCAGAAUCUACUAUGGCAAAUGCACACGCCCCGAACUCCUUUCCGUCCUACAGACGCUUCAAAAGAUUGCCAGUCACUACACAAACAUCAAAUCACCUGCCGACGUCCCUUUCGACUCACUCACCAUCGUCGAAGCCAUCUAUGCACUCCCCAAUAUUCUCGACCUUGUCAUCUCCUACCUUGAGCGUAUCAACCUCGGCGCCGCCAAAAAGGACGACAAGUACUCCUUCUUCCGCGAAGAAUUCCAGACAGACGACAUUCAAGAUCACCAGCUGGGCAUCGUCCAUGUUGACCACGAGCUCGACUUACAUCGCGCAGUGGCAGCCGAGAAGAUCAGGCGCAAGGGCGUCGAAUACAAAACAGUCUCUGGUAUCGACUACCUUAUCGAAGUAUCCAACCACGAGGUGAAGAAUGUCCCUGCAUCUUGGAGCAAGAUAUCCGGCACAAAGGCCGUGUCGCGCUUCCACACACCCGAAGUCAUGCGUCUCAUUGCCGAGCGCGAUCAGCACCGCGAAGCCCUUGCCGCCGCCUGUGACAAGGCUUUCAAGGACCUCUUAAUUGAGAUUUCCACACACUACCAGCCCCUCCGCGACGCAGUUUCGUCUUUAGCAACGCUAGACUGUCUCCUCAGUCUGUCAAGGGUCGCCGCAAUGUCAGGCUACUCCAAGCCAACCUUUCUCCCAACCGACGCUGCGCCGAGCAUUUCCAUAUCGCAAGGCCGUCAUCCCAUCGCCGAACAGACACUGGAUAGCGGCUAUAUUCCCUUUAGCACAACCCUCGCCCAUCCCUCUCCGCUUGCCCACCUGAUUACUGGACCAAACAUGGGUGGCAAGUCGUCUUUUGUUCGUGCUCUCUCCCUCAUCGUCCUCCUCGCUCAAAUUGGUUCCUUUGUCCCGGCCGACUCUCUAACUCUGACACUAUGCGACGCCAUCUUUACUCGUACAGGUGCCAACGACAAUUUAUUUGCUGGCGAAUCGACCUUCAUGGUGGAAGUAUCGGAGACUGCUCGUAUUCUGCGGUCUGCUACACCUCGCAGUUUGGUCAUCUUGGACGAGCUUGGCAGAGGGACUAGCACCCACGAUGGUGCCGCAAUUGCACAGGCUGUCCUUCAUCAUGUUGUGACUGAGACAAAGUGCUUAACUUUGUUUAUUACACAUUACCAGAGCCUUGCUCGUAUGGCAGACUCACUACCUGGGCUCACCAACGUCCACAUGAAGUUUACAGCCGAUACCAAUGAAUCAGGAGAGGAGGUUAUUACAUUUCUGUACGAGGUAGAAAGUGGCGUUGCCCAUCGUUCCUACGGUCUAAACGUUGCACGCCUCGCAAAUAUUCCGCGUAAAGUCAUUGAUCUUGCUGCAGCAAAAUCCCAGGAACUUGAACAAGACUUGGGAGUUCGUCGCUUGCAAGGCACAUGCCACCUUCUGAGCCAAGUCUUGAAGACUGGUGGCGACCAACUUGACCAUUUGAUAUCUAGCAUUGAACAUUUGUAAUUGAAACCCAGGUAUAGAACAUACCGAAAAGCAUCUCGAAUUAGUUACUCUAUAUAAUACCCACGCAGAGAAAUGAAUAUAUACCGAAUGAUAUGAGAUCUAGUCUCGAUUCUAUGCGUUGUGACCUGUACG